AUGCUAUGGCAACUAUUUUUCCUAUUCAUUAGUCAAGCCGUUUCUCAGAUAGAUGUGAAUCAGGCGUUGAAUCAGAAUAAGUUGGAUAUCGGAGUGAAAUCCCCUUCGGGAAUCAGUGAUGCUGAAUUAGAACAGACAUUCCCUCGAACAAACCUAGCAAGAAUGCGGAAUGCUCUGAAGUCUCUCCGCCAAAACUGGUCUGCUAAACUUCAAGCGAUGCCUGCCAGAAAUUAUGGAGGCAUUAACCAAGAGACAGGAGCUGUUGAGCAGCAAAAACCACUGCGAGAGAAACCGCGAGACCGGAUAAAAGUUGAGGGGGACACACUUCAUCAAGUCAAUAAAGCAGCCGGGUUAAAUGAUAUAUUGUAUCAGGGCGAUAUGGUUUUGACGGAUGAUCAAAUCGCAACAAUUCUGGAAUCUCAACAAGACAGCACCGAGACGACACCGUCGAGAGCAAGGAGACAGGCUUAUCGUGACCGAUACUACCCGUCGACAACAUGGGGAACAUCCGUCUACUACUAUUAUGAUAGAACGGCAACACCAAAAAUUGUGAAGGCAUUCGAGCAGGCGGUGGCGUUCUGGCAAAAUGUCACAUGUAUCAAUAUUAUUCAGAGUAGUUCAGCCCUGAAUAGAAUCCGAGUGUUCAAAGGGCAGGGAUGUUAUUCGUAUGUUGGGAGGAUCAGUGGAGUGCAAGACUUGUCAUUGGGCACCGGGUGUGAGGAGUUCGGCACUGCUGCUCACGAACUCGGCCAUGCGCUCGGCUUCUUUCAUACUCAGUCAAGAUACGACAGGGAUAACUAUAUAUCAAUCAACUAUGCAAAUAUAGAUCCUUCCUACGUGGAACAAUUCGACAAGGAGACCUCAUCAACCAACUUCAACUAUGGUAUGCCCUAUGACUAUGGAUCAAUUAUGCAGUACGGAGCAACCAGUGCUUCUUCGAAUGACAAGGCAACAAUGAUAGCUCGCGACGCGGAGUAUCAAGAUACAAUGGGCUCGGAUUUCGUGGGAUUCUAUGAUAUUUCUAUGAUGAAUGAGCACUAUAAGUGCAAGGAGCUGUGCCCGGCAGGCACCUCGGCUCGGUGUGUGAAUGGAGGGUUCCCGAGUCCAAGAAACUGCGCCAUUUGUAUUUGUCCAUCCGGGUAUGGAGGAGUUUUGUGUGAUCAAAGGCCCCCGGGAUGUGGAGACUCUCUGAAUGCUACUACUGCUUGGCAGACGAUUACUAAUACGAUUGGAGAUGGGUUACCCACGCUCCGUGAUAACCAUACAAUGUGUAAUUAUUGGGUGAGAGCACCGGAUAAUCAGGCGGUGGAGAUAAGGAUAAGCGGGUUGACAACGGUGACGAUUGAUGGAUGCAUUUUUGGAGGAAUUGAGAUUAAGACGAAUAAGGAUCAAAAGUUGACGGGAUACAGAUACUGCUCCUCCGCCGACCAAAAUACCGUCCAUCGCUCCACGGGAUCUUUGGUGCCAAUCAUCCUCUUCAAUCGGUACGCAAGUACCAAAGCGAUUCUCGAAUACCGUGCCGUCACUCCAUCUGCUGACGCCACCGCGACGUCAGCGACAACUUUCGCACCAAUUGUAAAUAGUUGUCAGGAUUUGCAUCCAAAUUGUGCCGCGUACGCAUGGAAUGGUUUUUGUGUUAACCAGUUCUACUCAUUGCAAGCGAGACAUUACUAUUGUGCAUACACUUGUGGAUUGUGCUGGAUGAAUUAUAGCAAUAAUCAGUACUAG